AUGGCUGAAAAUUCCAUCGUAAACGUUAUGAUAACUAUUUUGUCCGUAAUAGUAGUGGCUGCUAACGUAACAAUAUGCCUCUUGGUCGUCGCCAACAAAUCUCUGCAAACUUACACGAAUGGAUUCCUCGUUUCUCUGGCAGUAUCCGAUAUUUUACUCGGUGCUGUACUGUUUCCUGUGUUUCUAACGAUUCCGGAAUCGGCCACCAGCGGAUAUAUUGUCUCUGUGAUUCUGUUGUCAGGAGUUACCAGCCAUUGCUGCAUCACCUUUGACCGACUCAUUGCUAUCCGCCAUCCGUUCUCGUAUUCUUAUCUAAUACAGAAAUACUUUACGAAAGUGCUACUGACUGCCUGGGUCGUGGCAGUUGUAUUUUCGCUAAUACCACUCUGCUGGAAAGCUGAUUCCCGUCUUUUGAUUCACAAAGUUUACAUCUUUGUGGAAAUCGUGAUUUUUAUCUUUGUUCCUUAUAUGUUGAUGUUUGUUGCUUACUGCUUGAUUUUUGCGACGCUCCGCGAGCAUUUCAAGAUCGUUCAGGAGAUGACGGUAUCGACAAGUAGGAGGGAACAAGCGAAGAGGCUCUCAUCAGAAGCAAAGGUUGCCAAAGUUUGCCUUAUUCUGAUCGCUACUUUUGUCCUCUGUUGGCUGCCGAUCAUCUACAUGACAUCAGCAACGGCGCUUGGUAGACCCGACAUCGUGCCUGUUCUUUUGCCCAAUAUUUCCAUAUUUACACUGGGUCUGUCGUCCUUGAUAAACCCUGCACUGUACACUUUCAAGAAAGAGGACUUCAGAACUGCUGUGAGAAAGAUUUUCAGGCGAAAUAUGAAUGCACAGAUUCAUCCGAUUAGUCUAAAGAAUCAUAUAGAGAUCACACAAAAAGGGAAUACUACGCAUGACACGGCUCUGCAGCUGAGAAACCCUACCACUGGUGUCUAA